AUGUGGUUACUCCCUCUGGUAUUCAUUCCCGCCGUCAUCGCACAGAGCCAUCCACUAUUCGAGCGGCAAAGCAACGGCGGCUGCGGUUCCGCAUGCGCGGAUGUCGACCAAGCGGUACUCGCCGCCAACUCGAAACUGUCCGAGAUGUGCACCACAGGCAUCGUGGACGGCUAUGCGCAGUGCUACAACUGCAUGAUCAGCAACGGGGUGAUGACGAAGGAGGGGGCCCAAGCGAUUCUCGACAACUAUGUGCGGGCAUGCACAAGCGCUGGUUUCAGCCUGAGGCCGACAACUCUCGACGGCAGCCGCGCCGCCUCGUCUUCAAGUUCCGGCUCCACCUCUGGUUCAUCCUCUUCCGGGUCCGCCGCGAAUAGUUCGAGCUCAACGGGCUCAAUUCAGAGGGCCGGUGCUCUUCGUCUUGGCGUAUCCUUGGCGGCAACGGCGGGCAUCCCGGCUGGAGGGGCGCCGCUUGUGCUCGUAUAA